AUGUAUGACAUCAACAAGAUUCGUCGAAAAGAGUACCCUGGCCUAAACAAAACAUGCUAUCUUGACUAUGGUGGUGCGACGCCAUACGCCAAAUCCCUCAUCGAUAUUUCAGCAAAGCUAUGGAAAUCAGACCUACUUGGUAACCCACACUCUAAAUCUGCUUCUUCCCUACGUUCCACAGAAUAUGUGAAUCAAGCUCGCCAGCAUGUACUGGACUUUUUCCGUGCAGAUCCCGAUGACUUCGACAUUGUCUUCGUCGCCAACGCUACAGCAGCAAUAAAAUUGGUUGCAAACUGCUUCCAGGAAAAGGGGUUUUGGUAUGGGUAUCACACAGAUGCUCAUACAAGUCUCGUUGGUGUUCGAGAACUGGCUGACAAAGGGUAUCACUGUUUCUCUUCGGAUAAAUCCCUCGAUGAGUGGAUUGAAUCCCCUCACUUGCAUGAAGAUGAUGAUUUCUAUCUUCCCAAUGACCUCAUCCGAAAAGACAACACCAACCGUCCGGUUUUAGACAGCGGAUUCAUCAAGCUGAUUGGAUAUCCUGCUCAAUCUAAUAUGAAUGGCCAUCGUACACCGAAAAAAUGGGCGAAGCGCAUACGCCAGAAAGGUCACGCCAACCGUGAAGGCCUAUACACCCUGUUGGAUGCAGCUGCCUUUUGUUCCUCGGCACAACUUGAUCUAUCUGAUCCAGAUGCUGCACCUGACUUUGUUAGUGUCAGUUUCUAUAAGAUUUUUGGCAUGCCAGACCUGGGAGCGUUAAUAGUACGCAGGAAAUCCAGCGAGAUUCUCUUAUCUCGCCAAUACUUUGGCGGCGGUACGGUGGAUAUGGUUACUGCAUUCGAUCACUUCCAUGCCAAAAAGAUCCAUCAUGUACAUGAGGUUCUGGAGGAUGGCACUUUACCGUUCCACAAUCUUGUAAUGCUUGAUACCGGCAUAGUCCUACACCAUCGUCUAUUUCAUUCUAUGGACGAAAUCUCCAAUCACGCAUCUCACCUUGCGCUACAACUAUAUACAGAUCUAUCGCGGCUUAAGCAUGCAAACGGUAAGUCUGUAUGCAAGAUCUAUAAAGAUGAGAAUAGCAUAUACGGGGAUAGUGACUCCCAAGGACCAACUGUUGCCUUCACUGUUCGCAAAUCGAAUGGGGCAUGGGUCCACUAUGAUUAUUUCGAAGCGCUUGCGAGCGCGUGCAACAUCCAGAUCCGUACCGGCGGGGUGUGUAACCCAGGUGGUAUAGCGGAACACCUAGAACUGGCUAGUUGGGAGCUGAGACGCAACUAUUGCGAGGGUUAUCGGUGCGGAGAACCUUUCAGAGUCCGCGGUGGAAAGCCCUCUGGGAUCAUCAGAGCAAGUUUGGGGGCAAUGUCUAACAGACGUGACGUUGAGACUCUCGUUGCAUUCGUGAAGCACUUUUUUGUGGAUUAUACUCGUCCACAGGGCUAUGAGAAAUUCACUGGAAGAUUUCCUGAGAAAGAGCAGCAACCCUGGUUUGUGAAAAAACUGCAAAUAUUCCCUAUUCAGCAUUUCCCUUCAUGUUCCCUGCCUAUCUCAUCGUCUUGGGAGCUUAACUACUCUCGCUUAGCCUUGGACGGCGAGUGGUGUCUUGUCGAUCUGAAGAGCAAUAAGGUCCGGAAAGAAUGCGGAAUAGCCAGCGGACUGAUGGUCGAGAUAAACAGCGAAUUAACUCUACUGCGUCUAGCGAGAUCAGCUUCCAGUCAGGUGUCUAGUAUGGAGCUGGACCUGUGGGAGUUACCCACUGGGAACUGGGUUACAGACUCUCUCGAGCAAACAUUCCAAGGAGCAUAUAGAUUGGCUCGUACUUUUACGUCAAAAACGCUUGAGGAGUUUUUUACGUCUGCCUUCGGGCAACCGACGACACUGGCUCGCUUUCAUGAAUUUAAAGGAGAGCUUCCGGUUGAUGUUUGCGUUGAGAAAGUUGAGCAUCGGCGGCCGUCAGGAGGAAUAGUUGUUCAGUUCUCCGGGGAUGUCCCGCUAUCAAAUGUUCAUAUGGUGCUGGGACGAACACCAUCAGUCGUGAAAUCGAAUGAGGACUUGCCGCAACAGCUUCAGUUCGGCAGCCAACUCCUCUUUCAUUCGCCCGCGACAAAACUAGAGGAAUACAACAUGUACAGAUGCAACAUAGCUAGAUACUGCCGCGCUCCGGAUGCUGAUGAAGAUCUCGUAUCUCAGAACACGACAAUUAAUCCCAUUGAUCUGGUCCUAGAGUCACAUUCUAGUCUUACGAAAGACCGGCAGGUUGAUAAUAGAGACUAUCAUUUCUGUCCGGUGGUGGGUUGUCACGAAAAGAACGUUGAUUAUUUCAUGUUACUGCAUCACUUGAGGGGUCAUGCAUCCUCUUUCAUGAAGUCCCGACGGAGGAGGUGCUGGUUCCGGCGAAAAUAA